AAAACUACAUCACUAUAGUGAACUACUACAAGUCGUAUUGUUCUCUAAAAUUACUAACAAAGGGACUGUACACUGUAAAGUUUUAAUCAAGGGGUACAAAAUGGGUGGAUAUGGAAUGUAUAUGGUGUAUAUGUUCAUAUUUAUAUUUGCUGUGUAUUUACUCAGGUUUUUCUAUAUUCGCUACCGUAUCAGAGUAGAACUAGAAGAACUAGCUAGAGAGAGAGAACAGAGGGAAGCAAGGAGAUCACAUCAGAACGCUCAUCCUUAUUUUAUCAGAAUCAUGCAGCAGAGAACAGAACAAUUAACACAGGUUAGAGAACAGAACAGCCAACACAGCACAGGUCAAAGAACAGAACAAUUAACACAAAUUAGAGAACAGAACAGUAAAAACAGGAGACCAGAAAAUUUAACAAAGGUUAGAGAACAGAACAGUCAACACAGCACAGGUUAGAGAACAGAACAAUUA